UAGUUUUCACUCAAAACAUUUAAUUCAAACAUUUCUUGGAAGAGAGCGCAUUUGAUGAUAUAAAAGCGAAAACUCUCUAUCUAAUUGUACUAGAUGUAGGGAUGGAUUUCCACUGUAUGAAGCGCAAACAGCUGCAGGCAUUAUGCAAGAAGCACAAGAUUCCGGCCAAUUUGUCCAAUCUCCAGAUGAUCAACCGGCUUACGGACUUUCUUCAGGCGCAGGAAGAUAAUGUGAGCGAAAUCGAAUCGACUGGCGAGGUUGUGAGUAAAACAGGUAAGAAAGUACGAUUUAGUCCGGAGCAUGAACUGAUUGAGUUUACCAGAUCUCCUGAAAUAAUAAAAAGAAGUAGGAGGAAUUCUAUGGGUAGACAUAGUAGCACCAUGCAGACUGGAGAGUUGAAGUUAAUGGAGGCAGAGGUAAAGCAGAAGAAGAGAGGGAGGAAAGCUGUAAAAUGUAAUGAUGGGCAAAAAAUUGCUUCUGCUGUUGAUAGUUUUGAAGAUGGCGCGUUGGAAACGGAGGAGGGUGAUGUAGUUAGGUCAGGCAGAAUGACGCGGUUGAGAGGGAAGUUGGUAGCAGAGGGCGUCAGUAACGCAAGCAAAAGAGAGGGAAACGGUGAUGAUAAGAGAGGCGAGAAAGCUCCAGAUAAGGUCAAGAACGACGAGCGUCAAGAGGAGAUUGUGGAGAACCAUAGUAGGGUUACCAGGUCUAGGGCACAGAAAUUGACUGAGGCUCCUGCAGCAGAGGAGAAAAGAGGGAGAAAAGCAGUGAAAAACAUUGGUAAGGCAGCUCCUGUUAGAGCUGAAACUGGCGACAAUGCAGAUUCUUUGAGUAAGAGAGGGGAUGAGAGUGAAGGAAAAUCAGAUGAGAGAAGAAAAGGAAAUGAAAAAGGGUUGAAAGAGAGUUUGGUGAAUAAGCAAAUUGCAGGGGAACAUGCGACUGUUGAACCUCAAAUUCGUUUUAGGAGAUCUAAAAGGAGAGCGAACGGGGUUGAUGAAUCUGAAAUGUUUACGAUUGAUACAAGGAAACAUGAAAAUGCCGAGGUCAAGGGCUCAAGGAAAACCUCAAAGUUGUCGGCAUCAGGUGUUUCAAAAGUGGAUACAGAAAUUAGUGGACUUGAAGCUAAUCCAGGUAGAAGAAUAGUUCUGAAAUUUGAAGAACCCAUUCAAAAGAUGGAACCCCGAAGAAGUAACAGGAGGAAGACUAUGAUUGCAUCUGAUAGUCUUAGAGUUGACACAUUGAGGAGCUCACUGCCACAAUCAGAUAUUGUUCCUGAAGUAUCUAAAGAUGAGAAGAUAGUUAUCCAGCCUAUCGGAAUUAUGAGGAGGUCUAGGCGUAAAACUUUAAGUCUUAAAUUGGUUUCUGCUACUGAUACUGAUUCAGCUGUUGAGAAUCUCGAAGCAGAAAAGCAUAUAAGUGAAUCGUGUCUAGUAGAGAAGGAGAAUUAUGCAGUUGAGAAGAAAACGCGAUUAACAAGGAAUACUUCCAAAUGUAAGCCACCAGGGUCUCUAGACAAGAUUAGUGGAGAUUCUAAUAUUCACCAGAAGAACAAAGUAAUGAAGAGAAAAAGAGGCCACGUCACAGGAGAUGUCAUAAAAAACCACAAUGAUCAAAUUUCUGAAGAACAGUCCUUGAAAGGAAGUAGCAGUGAGAAAGUUGUGUCUUCAGCUGCCACAGGAAUAUUUGCUGAUGAGAGGAACCAACCACACAGAUUAGGCAAGCCUAAUAUGCUGGAUGCUUCAUCGCAUCGUGAUUCUUCAGGGAUUGGGGAAUCAUUGUUCUUGGAUGUUCAGCUGUCUGUCUCUAAAGAUUCAGAGAAUGCUAACAAAUCAUGUUCCAAAAAUAGCAUUAGUGAUGUGGAUCUGACAUUUAUAAGAGAUACUUGUGAAAAGAAAGAAGCGGUCUCUGUUGCUGAUAGUGCGGACAGUUCUUGUAUGAACUUGGCCAAUGAAGAAGAUUUUGUGAAAUCAGCCACAAAUGCAGCAUCCAGGAGUGCAGAACUGGGAAUUGAGUCUUCAGUUUCUGAGGAUCAAAUUUCUAGCAGCAAGACUGUGGAAGUGGAAAAGGGCAAGUUACUGAUGGAGUUUGAUGUCCAGGAAUCAGUUGAACAAAAUAUAACAGGCGUGGAUAAGGAUGACCCUGGAGCUCAGGUGUAUAGCCAAGCGGAUGAUUCUGGCUGCAACAACAAAAUCAAUGACCAAGUACUUGAAGAAGGCUUAUAUGUUUCAGGAGAGGAAGCUUCUGCUGAGACUCACACUUCUGCUGACAGCUUUUUACUUGGUGAUCAAACACAUGUUAAGACUGAUCUAGAAGUAGCAGAGACUGCUGUGGAUGAACGCGUACAACCAUGUCUCAGAGUGGAUGAUUGCCAUAAUGAUCUAGACCACUUAGGAUCACCCAGUAACAUUCUGGACAACAAUAACGAAGGUACAUCCCAAACAUCUGGAGAAGAUGGAGCAUUUGAGUCUUGCGGGACCCAUUAUACCCACUCAAAGAGUACUUCAAAACUGAAGGCACCAUCUUUAGGCAUGACUAGGCAUCAUGGUGAUAAUGUGGCCGAAGGAAAUGAAACCUUCUUCCAUAAAGGUGGAGCUUCAGAACAGGCUGAAGCUGAUGAAGGUGGUUGCUCAAAAGAUCAAAGAAAUGCAAGUGACCAUUUCAGUGAAUCCUAUAUGCCUGAUCUAUGUCAUGGUGAAAGAGAUGCUAGAACAGUCUCACCAGAUAGAGGAAUCUUUCCAGGUGAAUAUUUAGUUAUGAACUCUGAAGAGCAUUGUACAGAUAGCACUUGUGUUAAUCAAAAGAGAAGUAUAGAUUCAGAUGUUGUUGAAACUCGUGAAAGUGAAUCCUCUAAGGGUCACAAGAGCAAGCGUGAUGAAGAUGGGGAAUUUUGUUUGGUUAAUUUAUUUGAUGAAGAGGGGAGAUAUGGAAUCACACCACAAGUGGAAGAAAACUUUUCUGGUGAACACUCAGUCAAGAAUUUUGAUGAGCAAGGGAUGUCACAUGGUUCCCCUUCUAUAGCACCCACAACUAUCUGCAACAGUACUGGAGAUCAUAAGGCAAACCUCUCAACUGAAGGAGGCGAAGCCUAUCAUUUUGAGAACAAACAGUUAGAAUUAACUGAAGCUGAUGAAAGUGGAUGCUUGAAGAGUGACAAGAGCUCUAACUCACAGGAAACAAAUCCCUCUACACCCUCUAAUGUUUCUGAAACUAAAGCGGAGAAGCAAAAGAGUCUAUUGGCCAAGUCCAGUGCACUUGCAUACGCUAAUCAGAGGCAGGGAACUUGGAGUAAUGCAAGUGAACUGGCAGGAAAUGCAGUGUGCUUCUUAAAGAGCUCUGAGGGGAAAAUUAGUCAGAUUGCUGAAGGCCUCAUUGCUGAUGAAGAUGUCAAUCAUGAAAACUAUGGCACAGAUAAAGAGGUUUCUGCUGAGGCAAGCAUUUCCGAUGUCAAAAGUUGCCCUGUCAGCAAGAUAGCGGAUGAGAGUUCCGGUGGUGUGAAGUUUCAAGACACCGUGGAAACUGAACAUCAACAUAGAAACCUGGUAGCAAGGCAGUCAGAGUCAGAUGAAGAUGAAGAGGCUACUCCUGGGAUAUCCAGGCAAAGCUGGACAGAAGCUGAACUUCAGAAUCUGUUUGGAACCUCGGACGAAGAUGCUUCUCCUGGACUAAGUGACACUUUCUGUGAAGGAUCUGAAACCGCCAAUAUGACAAUCUCAAAGAACAUAUCGACUGCCAGCAAUAGUGGCAUCUUGACCAAGAAGCAGGAAAAAGAGAGGGAGGGAGAAAACGGUAUCGAGAGUGAUGCUGACAUCUAUGCAGUCAAGGUUACGACUCCCUACAAGACAGAAGAAAACUAUUUUCAUGACAGAGUAUUGGAUGGAAGUGUGACAUCGAUUAAGGAAUGCUCUGAAGCAAUGAAGGAAAAUGUUGCUGCAGGAAGUACGUCCUAUGAAAAGGCACAGAAUAUUGGAUAUGAGAUUGAGAACAACUUAGGCAUUGGAGCUUCAUUAUCAGAUAAUGGUGGAGAUGACAUUUGUGAGGAUACAAACGAGGUUGAGAGAUUUGAAUUGCUGAAUACAUCCACCGGAGUUCUUUCUGGAGCUGAGUAUGACGGUUGUGAAGCUUUGGAGGAUCAAUUGACCCAUAGAAAAGAGGAGUGCCUUCAAGAAAUUAUUUCAGUAACGCAAGAAGACAGGGAAGGUCAUGUCAUUCCUCUAGCAGAAUCCUGUCUUAAUGACGAAGCAACAGAGAAAAGUUUUAUUAAUGCAUCUGGGUCACAACGGAAUUUUUAUGAACUUGAAAGCUGCACACACAUGUCAGAAAUAUGUACUAUAUCUGAGUUAUCUGAUGCCGAUCCUCAGAAGUCUGUCGUUCCUGAGAGUAGUCAUCUUCCCACUGCCUGUUCUAAUGAUGGCGACAUUUUGAGGGAAACAUUGAUUGAGACUUCUAGUGAUCCAGAAGUAGCAAAAAUUGGCAGCUCCAAGAAAGGUAUAUCUCCCCUUGUUUCUUUGAAAGCCUCCCCUGAUUCUGAAGAAUCCAUAUUUGAGAGUGAUGAUCAAUAUGAAGCCAAGAAAUUGGAUGAGAAAGUUGGUGAUUCAACUUCCUCUCAGGAUAUUUCUGAUGAGUUGCAUACCAACAGUGAAGUGGCAAUUCAGGAAAGUGUUUCAACUGGUUACAAUAUAUGUCGGGAACUGGAUCAUCUUGUAAGUUCUGAUGAACUUGAGAGCACAUGUAAGGAGGCAGAAGGGAGGGAAAUGACCACACAGACUUUAAGUAACUCAGAUGUUGUUGCAGAACAUGGAUCCUUUGUCUCCGGGGCAGUAUCUGGUCUCCUCAGCAAUUCGCCAAUGCACAUCAAUUUAGGAUAUCAUGGAUGUGGUGAUAAAAAAUUAGAAGCUGGGGAACCUGUCUCCAGUUUAGAUGAGGAAAAGGUGCAAGAGGCUGGAUUUGAACUUGGAAACAGUUUAGGCCUUGGAGAUUUAUUAUCAGAUGAUGGUGGAGAAGACACUUGUGGAAAGAUGAACGAUGUUGAGAGUGUUGGGUUAGAAGUUACCUUCACUAGAACAGAAUAUGAUGGCUGUGAAGCUUCUGAGGGGCAGCUGACUGAGAACACAGGGGAGUGCCAGAAAGGAACUGACUUCAUUGCAGAAGACAAUGAAGAAAAGGUCGUUCCUCUAGGACAAUCCUAUCUUUAUGAUGGAGAAACAGAUAGUGACAGUGAAUCGACACAGGAAAAUACUAAUAGCUUGUUUGGUACACCCAACAAUUUGGAUAAACUUGGAGGCUGUCAAGACAUGUUAAUUGAUACUGCUCUGUCCGAAAGUGUCAGCUGUAAGAGUAGAGUUUAUCACAAAUCUGAGCAGGAAAUGAUACAAAGUGGUGAAGGUGCAGUUGAGUUAUCUGAUGCUGAUCUUCAAAAGUCUAACAUUUCUGAAAUCAAUCAGAGCGUCAUAGACGAAGGUACCUAUCUGCUUCUUUCUUCAAAGGCUUCCCCUGUCUAUGAUGAACUUACAGAAAGCACAGAUACUGAUGAUCUUAAUGGAGCCAAGAUUUGCGAUGAGAUGAAUACCAAAGCAAAAUCCUGCCAAGAAGAUAUGACUAAUGAGUCGCAUAUCAACAGUGAAGUGGCCAUUCAAAAACACGUUUCAGAUACUAACGGCCAGUCUGAGGAAGCUGGUCUUGCUUGCAGUCUUGAACUUGAGAGCACGUUCCUGGAGACAAAAGAGACAGGAACAACCACACAGGAUCCUAACAAUGUUGCUGCUCCUACAGACCUCAGUUCUUCUGUCUGCGGUGCAGAACUGCAUAUCCAUCUAAGAGGUGAAAAUAAUGACAUCGAGAAUUUGGAUAUGUGGAAACCGGUCUUCAAUUUGAGUGGAGAUAAUGAUAAGAAGGAUAGUGGAAGCACUGGAAGGACCGAGGAGAAUCCAACUGCUCAAAUCGUUCAGUUUCCCAUUCACGAGCUUCAUUUUGAGGAAAAUGCGGAAGACUUCGAGAAUGAUACUCACAUAAUGUCAAAUUUGCCAGCCUCCUCCGGAUAUGAUUCAAUUUUAAGGGAAAGUGAUGUGGCCGAUACCAUUAAAGAGUACAUUGAUUCUGAAUCUUCUCUGCCUGUCAUCUUUGAGAACUCCGGAGCCGGCCUUCCAAGUGACAUGUUGGCAGAUACUGAUGAAGGAUUUGGUAGUGAAAAACCAGCUUCGCCCUACGAAAAGGAUAUUGCUGCAAGGCUUGACAGUCUAACUCCCACGAUGAAGAUAUCGUGCGACUCAAGCUCCAAGGAUAAAGAUAAUGUGCCAUUGGUUGACUGCCUGAAUACAGAAAUCAAAGAACAGGAGAAAGCAACAUUAUCAACCAGACCUUCCCAAGUCUCCAGGAAUGCAGCAAAUUUGCCUGAACGUGUCGAUGAAGAAGGCACUAGUGUUAAGCUUGAGGGGGGUGAAGAUGGGCAGAGUUCAACCAUGAGAAAGAAUGCUAGAACUAUUUUGAUCCAUGGGACCCCAGGUAAGCUUCUAGCUAUGGCGGACAUGAAGGAGAACAUGCCGAUGCAGAAGCGCUCCAACGUCGCUGAUAUCACUGCAGCAAGACCAGCAAAAAGGAGAGCCUUGCGGGAUCUUCAGUAGAGAGAAAUAGAUUAUCUUUUGUUCUAUGUAUUUUAGUGCUGCAUUUCUCAUGCAAAUAUGUAUUUAUGAAUUAUGUCGUGUUACCUUGGAUACUAAAUUCAGUAAAAUAGACAAUAUUUGAUGUU